UUGACGCCACGUGACCGAUUCCGACCAAUGAAAGGCUCGUAAACCCGGCGUCUGGCACAUGGCGGAGAAUCGCCCGGGCUGCACGCGCCUGCCUUCUCGCCGACUCGCGCUCAGACUUCAGUCGGUCGGUGACGCCAACGUGACCACCAUCUCACUACCAAAAUAACGACCAUUAUACCCGUAAACGAAAGAUUAUAAUAACAAAUUAAAGAGGCAAACGAUACAAGGAACGUUUUAAAAUAUAACAAUACAAUAUAUAAAGAAGAGAAUAACGAUUAAAGAUAUUUAAAAAAAAAAUUCAAUAAAUGAACCCUUUGAACGCGGGAAGAUUCACCAAGUAAAAUAUUACAAUUAUUGUCAUCACUGUUAUCAAAUAAUUAUUGCCAACAACCGCAACGACAACAAACACUAACAACAACAACAACAAAAACAACAACAACAAUACUGACAAAGGUGAAUAAAGUUGUGCGUUCAAGUUGACGAAGAUCGAUAAAUACGGAUAAAAACAAAGACGACUAAAGCAUAGACUUUUGAAAAAGGAGUAAUAAGUAAAAAUAAUAGUUAUUAUAAAUAAAAAAAAAACAACAAAAACAAAAACGUAAAUAACAAUACAGAGGAAGAAGUUUAUAAUUUAUUUUUGUACAGUGCAUAACUUUUACAUACAUACAUAUUUCGAAAUAUUUCGGAUACGAAUAUAAUAAAGAAAUCAAAUAAAAUUGAACUAAAGUUAAAUACGGAGAUUCUGUUGUUGUGCCGCGUGCCAGUGUAUCUCGUAUAGUUGAGACUCGAUAUAAAUAUCGUAUAUUUAUACAAAAAUUAUAAUAUUACCAACUAUAUCUUAAUCACCGAGAAAAAAAAGAAAAAAAAAAACAAACAACAAUAGGACAGUUGAUUUGUGCGCUAAGCGGAACAGCCGAGUUAUAAUAUAUCCGUUGGAAAUCGAAGGAUAAUAUCGUCGUUAUUAACCGAGUGAGAAAAACGGUCAGUUCGUUAUUCGGUACAAAGUACGUAAAAUUGAACGCGUUAAAAGGGGUACAUACAAAGUACGAUCGAAAUGCCGACGAGUUUGUUCAGCGAGAUGGAUCGCGGUACGACCACCGGGUCUUUGGAAGAGCAGAGGGCCCUUCAGCUGGCCUUUGAGUUAUCCAUGCUCGGCCUUGAAGGAAGUCCGGGGAAUACGGGAUCAACCGGUGAGGACACCUUGGCCACUCCGGCGAGCGUAUUCGAGGAAGCUCGCUCGAAGAAAAGCCAAAAUAUGACCGAAUGCGUACCCGUACCCAGCAGCGAACACGUCGCUGAAAUCGUUGGACGACAAGGGUGCAAGAUCAAGGCUCUGCGCGCCAAGACGAACACCUACAUAAAGACACCGGUACGCGGAGAGGAACCGGUGUUCGUUGUGACCGGUAGGAAGGAAGACGUCGCCCGUGCGAAACGUGAAAUAUUAUCAGCGGCGGAACAUUUCUCCCAGAUCCGGGCGUCGCGGAAGAGUUCCCUCGGCGCUCUCCUUGGCGCACCACCGGGACCACCCGCAUCCAUUCCAGGCCACGUAACUAUCCAGGUUCGCGUACCUUACAGGGUUGUCGGUCUAGUGGUAGGGCCAAAGGGCGCGACGAUCAAGAGGAUCCAGCACCAGACGCACACCUACAUCGUGACGCCGAGCCGCGACAAAGAGCCGGUGUUCGAGGUAACCGGACUUCCGGAGAGCGUCGAGGCGGCGAGAAGAGAAAUCGAGGCACAUAUCGCUCUGAGAACCGGAUCAGGCCCGGGUCUGGAGGAGGCCGAUCUUCUUGGGGCGCUCUGUCGCGGUGGACUGGGAUCGAUUCUUGGUUGUUUGGAUCCGCCUGGUUCCAACGGAUCGAACGGAUCCAGCGGUGCGUUUUCGAGCAGCGGAAGUUGCAGCAGUUCGUCGAGCAGCUCGGGGGCGCCGGGAUUGGACCUCGUGGCCAUUUGGGGCGCGGGCCUAGAGCGCGACGAGGGUCUCGGCGAGUCCCCGUCCUUCGAAUCUCAGGCCGCGGCGUCGUCGAUCUGGUCAUUUCCAGGGGUAGCCUUGCCCUCGAGGCCGUCACCCCCAGCUUCGGCUAGCCCGGCAUCGCCGACGGAUUCUUUAUUGGGAGGAGGUAUCGGUAGACGCGAGUGCGUGGUGUGCGGUGACAAGGAGGUGACAGCGGCGCUCGUACCAUGCGGUCAUAAUCUAUUCUGCCUUGAUUGUGGCAACCGUGUUUGCGAGAGUUCGGAUCCAAGCUGUCCUGUAUGCUCGCGACCGGUACUCCAGGCUAUCCGUAUUCUAUCAUAAAUCGCCUAUAAUAACGUUAGACACAAAACAAACGAGACGAAGAGAAAGAAGAAAAGCAAAAAUUACGAAUACGAAAACCAACGACGGCAAAAAGGAGAGGAAAAAAAAAAAAACACUUUUCAAAAGUCACGGAUGACCUUAAGCGUCUGAAUUAGGAAGAUAGGCGAUGUUAGGAGUACGCGAAAAUGCGAAAAAUUGCAGAAAACAAAGGAACGAAAGUGGCCAACAUUGGUCAACUUCGACGUUCACCGGUGCAGGUUGCCCCUAAUUAUUUGCUGCCCCCUCCCCCAAACCCCCACCGUGUCCUCCGUGGCGCAUUAUAAAGAUAUAAUAUAACCAUCACCGAUAUACGAAAGAUAUUCUUCGCUGCUUUCUUUUGAAUGAUAUAUAAAUAUAUAUGUGUGAGAAAAAUGAUAAAAAAGGAGAAGGAGAAUGAGAAUGAAGAUUAUGACGAUGAUAUACAUAUAAUAAGAGACGCGCACAAUAUUGUAUGUUAUUAUACUAUAAACUAAAAACAAAAUUAUGAGGGAGACAUUAUUGAACACGGAAACACACACAUUUCACACGAUACAAAAAAACCACAGACCCGAAGACACGAUUUUAAAAAAAACGUAGCCUUCGCGCAAACGCUGCUGCCAAUAUAUAAUAUACUAACUAAUAUGUAAUUAAAAGGAAAAGAAAAAUUAAACAAAAAAAAAAAAAUACCGAUUGGGGAUUAACCGUCGCUCAUUCCCGCCAACCUGAUACAACGAAUAACUAAAAAAGAAAAUUAUUAAAGAAAGAAAGAAAAAAAAAAA